ACACAUUUUCACACCGUACCUCUCAGAAACUAGGCGUCUCUGAAUUACAAAAAAAACCUUCUUUUGCCCAUUAAUGAUCAUUUUAUUCUCUGAAACUUGACAAUUGACUAUUAUUCAAACAUGGAAGGUGACAAAAAUGUGGUGAUGAGUUCAAAACCGACAGGGAAAGCCAAUUGGAAAAUAAAAUUCCACAAAAUUCUGUCAUAUCCUAUGAAAAGAACUGGUCCUGCAAUUGUAGCUUCAACGCUUCUCUACAUAGUAAUGUACAAUGUUGGAGUCCGGUGGUGGAAAGGCGACAAACAUCCAGUAAAUCGGUUUAUGUGGAAGAUACAAGAACAAGAAGGAAGGCUAGAUCCUACUCUUCAAGCGAAAAAACAAGUUGUUCUUUCCUACCAAGAAGAGCGAGUUUAUCGUCCACGAGACAAUGUGCCGGACCUUGGAAUAGUUUAGGUUAUUUGGUUAUAGAUUAGAAAUAAAUAAUUAUAUUUUUAAA